CGUGGGGUUGCGGGCUUGGACGAGCGGAUUAAGUAUUCUUUCUACAAUCAUAUUGUGGGCUCGAGUUUCACCGAGAGUGAUAUCAAGAACCAGAAAGCUCUUGCAGAUUUGCGAUAUCCAAGCGAAUGGUUCCCAGCUACGAGGACUAUGCACCGCACGGUGCAUUUGCACGUCGGCCCAACUAAUUCCGGCAAGACGUAUCAUGCGCUGCAAAGACUCGAACAGGCUGAGAGGGGCGUGUAUGCUGGUCCACUACGACUACUCGCACAUGAGGUAUACACUCGAAUGAACGCCAAAGGCCGGCCUUGCUCUCUCAUCACUGGAGAGGAGAAGCGCAGCUCUGAGCUGAAGGUCGGCGGCAACGCACUUAUGUCUGCUUGCACGGUCGAAAUGAUGCCGCUAAAUGCAACGAUGGACGUGGCAGUCAUUGACGAGAUUCAGAUGAUAGGCAACGCUGAGCGUGGAUGGGCCUGGACCCAAGCUCUCCUUGGCGUGAAAGCCAAAGAGGUGCAUCUGUGUGGCGAGGAGCGGACGGUGCCCUUGAUUCGUGAGCUUUGCGCGAGUGUUGGAGACAAGCUUGAGAUCCACCGUUAUCAACGUCUGUCACCGCUCGAAGUGGCCGGAGAGAGUUUGAACGGAGAUCUGCGCAAGCUGAGGAAAGGUGACUGCGUGGUCUCCUUCUCAGUCAUGGGUAUACACGCCCUUCGUCGGCAGAUCGAGCAACAGACUGGUCGCAAGGUGGCCACCGUCUACGGCUCGCUUCCACCCGAGACUCGAGCACAACAGGCACGCCUUUUUAACGAGCCGAACAACGAAUACGACUUUCUGGUCGCCUCCGAUGCAGUCGGUAUGGGCCUCAACCUUGCCAUCAAGCGCAUCAUCUUCGAAUCGUCAUCCAAGUUUGACGGCCAACAACGCCGUACACUCGGCGUUGCAGACAUCAAGCAGAUCGCUGGUAGAGCAGGCAGAUAUCGUACUGCGAGCUUCAAUGCGAAAGCGACAGAGGAAAAGGAAGACCUUGCUGCUAAGAAAGGUGACCCACCAUUUGAGAAGGUCGAAAAUGCAGCUUCUGGCAACAGAGACAACGUCGGGCUCGUCACAACGAUUGAGCCGUUUGACUUCCCAAUCGUUGCCGCAGCCAUGACUGCCGAACCAGAGCCCAUCAAGACCGCCGGGCUCUUUCCGCCUUCUUCGGUACUCGAGCGCUUCUCGUCGUACUUCCCGCCCGGAACGCCUUUCUCCUACAUCCUAAUCCGUCUCCACGAGCUAAGUCAGAUGCACAACCGAUUUCACCUUUGUGGGUUGAAAGAACAAAUCUUCAUUGCAGAUCUCAUUGAGCCUGUCAAAGGCUUGACCAUCUCCGACCGAAACAUUAUUUGCAACGCGCCCGCGGGACGUAGAGAACAAAUCUGGCAGAAGCUGAUGCCGGCGUUUGCCCGUUGUAUUGCCAACCAGUCUGGUGGUAGCAUAGUCGAUAUCGAGGAGCUACCACUGGAACUGCUUGAAGCGGAGGUAUCUGCGAGUAGGGAGUACCUGGUGGAGCUCGAGCGCCUACACAAGGGCAUUGUAGGAUAUCUCUGGCUCAGCUAUCGCUUCGCCGGCAUCUUCACGACCCGAGCGCUGGCCUUCCAUGUGAAGAGCAUGGUGGAGGAGCGGAUUGAAGAAGUCUUGGGCAGGUUCAGCUUCACAGAGGAGACGCGUAGGAAGGCAGCGGCACGACGCGAA